UCCUAGUGCUCAAGGACCAUAUCACCAUAUCAUAAUGAUUGCCAUAUUGAUCAACUUUAUUCUUCUUUGCAGCACUUAAAAGCUCCUAACUCUCAAUGCUCAAAACUCUAUUACAAUCUUUCUUCAUAGCACAACAAGUAUGUAUAUCCAACAACAUAAAAUGAGAUUCUCUGGUGCAACAGAAAUUCUGAUCUUUAAGAUCAUUCUACUGCUAACAGUAUGUAUUGGGUUUGAGUUAGUAACAGGGGAAACUGCACAGAGUCCUAGCCUUUCUAGCCAUGCAACUGAUAGUAAAAGCUUCUGGCCAUGGUAUCACAGCAGUGACUGCUUCCCAUAUUUUCCAUUUAUGCAUUGUACUCUACCAAAUCCACCACCAGACAGUCCUGCACUUCCUCCUGUUCCUGUAGUAUCUAAGCCACCGCCACAGCUGUCGCCGCCAUCGUCAUUGCUGCCAGUUCUUCCACCAUUACCAUCUAUUCCGAGCCUGCUGGCUUUCGCAGACCAGAGGCUCGCAGUAGUUUAUCCUAUCAUCCAAAAUUUCAAAAACAUAAUCACUUCAGACCCACUUGGGAUCACCAAAACAUGGGUAGGGUCUGACAUUUGUAGUUAUAAAGGUUUCUUCUGUGAUGUUCCACCAAAUAAUGCAAGUGCCAUCGCAGUCGCUUCCAUAGACUUUAAUGGUUAUGGACUCAGCGCUCCAACACUCGACGGAUUCAUUGAUCAGCUCCCUGAUUUAGCUCUUUUUCAUGCCAACUCAAACAACUUUACUGGCACCUUAUCAUCAAGUAUUGCUAAACUUCCUUACCUUUAUGAGCUAGACAUAAGCAAUAACAAGUUCACAGGUCCAUUUCCACUUGCUGUAGUGGGCAUGGACAACCUUAUUUUCUUGGAUAUCAGGUUUAACCUCUUCUCCGGAUCAAUUCCUCCCGCGAUUUUCACCCAAAAUCUUGAUGUUCUCUUCCUAAAUGAUAACAAUUUUGUUUCAUCAUUGCCUCAAUCUCUUGGAAAUACCCACAUAUUGUACCUCACCUUAGCUGACAAUAAAAUCACAGGUCCACUCCCAAGUGAUAUUGCAAAAGCGUUGUCAGCUUUAACUGAAGUUUUGCUAAUGAACAACCAGUUAACUGGUUGCUUACCUUACGAACUAGGCUUCCUUAAGCAGGUGACAGUGUUCGAUAUCAGCCGCAAUCAGCUCACUGGUCCUCUGCCAUUUUCACUAGCUUGCUUGGAAAGAGUGGCACUACUUGAUGUAUCAGAGAAUUUGCUGUAUGGCAUGGUUCCAGACAUGCUUUGUCAGCUACCAAAUUUGGGUAAAUUAGAUCUGUCUGAUAAUUAUUUCACACAGGUUGGUCCAGCUUGUAGAAACUUGAUAAGUCGAGGAAUUUUGGAUGUCAAAAACAAUUGUGUUCCUGAUCUACCUUAUCAACGAUCAGUGUUUGAGUGUGCAUCCUUCUUUGCAGUGCCAAAGAAUUGCCCUUACAUGGAUACCUUUAAAAUCAUUCCUUGUAAGCCUCACUUCCAUUAAUGAGCAAUUAUUUAUCAGCCAAAAAUUCUGUUUUUAUUUUGGGUGUAAUAUAUGUGUUCAUUUCUCUGUUUUCUUGUAC